AUGUCGGACGCCAGGUCGGAUUCGGGGCUGGGCCUACGUUUUCUCGACCUGAACGACCAUGAAGACGACGACAGCCCGUGCAAAGGCUUGCGUCGCACGAGGAGUCAUUCUAAUAAGCCGAUUUCCGUGCCGCAGUGCGCCUCUUCACCGCGAAUUUCAACGCCCCGACUACCUUCGUCCAUGAGCUGUCGGGGUUUCUCACCUCUGUCACCGCCUCCCCGCCAACAUUUUUCUACGCCUGGUCAGCAGUUCUCAACGCCCGUGGCUAAGAGCCCCCUGGCUCGUUCCUGGACCGAGGAUGACCUUACCGCAUCGGCUCAUUCGAACGACAACACGAAUGAGAACACCCGAGACACCCUUGGCCUUAUCCAACGACUAAACGACUUGACUCACAAGUUACUUGCGGGCGAAGAUGUCCCUGACUCCAAUGUUAGCGCCAUGCACGGCAAGCUUGAUGAGAUAGAGUCGGUUCUAGCAGGAGAGCCGCCUCAAGCUACCCCCCAAGGCAAGCCAAAAGCGUGGCCUAUGGACGCUCAGAAUGUGGAACAUGAAUCCUUGUGGACCUCACCUUCGCCUUCAUGGUUUCGAUCUGGCCUUUCAGAAAUCUCACCGUCGUUCCGGAGCUCGUUUCGACGCGAUACGCCCUCUCCCGAACCCACCGUCGAGAAAAAGCCUGCCGUCGAUUCUUUCCGCAUCGCAUCUGAGGCAGCAAAGCUCAAUUCGGAACUCGAAACCCUCGUCACGAAUCUCAAGGCCCGGCAGGAGGAAUCAGAACACAUACACCAGCUUCUCGUGACUCGCGCCGAACGCGCAGCACAACGAAUCAUUUUCCUCCAAGGACGAGUGCGAGAUUUGGAGGAGGAACUCCAAGAAAAUGACUCCGAACUCACCUACCUCCGUCUUGGCCUCAAGGCCAUAGAAGUGCAGUGCCCAAAUAACGCUGAUCCCGACCUCGCACAGAGCAUCCAGAACUGGAAGACCGACUGGUCCGACCUCAAACGAAAACGCUCCAAGCACAAAAGCUUCGACCGCUCCGCUUACAACACCCCCGUGGGCACGCCGUUGCGACGGUGA